AAAAAGUUAAUCAGUUACUUUGGGUGAGACACUGCUGCUGUCUGAUUGGUUGCUCUGGUCAUGUGAUUUCAGAGAAAUGACUCAGAGACGUGGUUUGAUCAGACGACGGAGAGAGGACGUGUGGAGGUGAAGACUGAGCAUGCUCAGAGCUGCUGUACCUGCAUCAACAAACAGUAUGAUUUAAAGUCAGCUUCUUCAUCAAUCUGAAGAGAAGAUCUUAACACUUCAGGAGGAGGAAGAGUCCUGAAGAUGGCUUCAAACCUGAGACGACUGAGCAGAGAACUCCCUCCUGAUUUAUCUGACAAACUCAAAAAACAUGCUGCUUCAUUCUUCAGAGAGUUUGACAGCAGUGAACCAAAGAUAAGAGAGAUUGUUAAAAGGUUUGAGGGGAUUGCUGAAGAAGUCAGAAAGAUGCAGAGGAGAACAGAUGCAGUCAGAAGAGCAGGAUCUGGUGUACUAGAAGUCUCAGCCCUGGGCUUACUUGCAAGCGGAGCAGCAGCAGCAGCAGGAGCAGCAGUACCAGCAGCAGUGGCAGCAGGAGCAGCAGUAGCAGCAGCAGGAGCAGCAGGAGCAGCAGUACCAGCAGCAGUGGCAGCAGGAGCAGCAGUAGCAGCAGCAGGAGCAGCAGGAGCUGCAGGAGCAGCAGUACCAGCAGUGGCAGCAGGAACAGCAGUAGCGCAGCAGGAGCAGCAGCAAGAGCAGUAGUAGCAGC